AUUUCUUCUCCCGUCCGGCUCUUUCACUGGGAUUCGCCCCCCAUUUUUCGAUUCGUUUUUCUUUCCCCCCUUGCUGUUCUUGCAAUGCGAUUCCACCGCUCCAUAGAUCUGCGUCUCCUGGACGGGUUCGUGCCUCCCUCCUUUCCUUUCCUCCCUCCGUACGAUACGAACUGCAAAGAUUUUCGCGCCCCAGCAUUUCGCAGAAAGAAGAAAAGGUGUCCUCCGCUUUCGGGCCGUUCUUUGAUUUCUCGCUUUCGUUCCUCACCCCUUUCCGCCAACAAAAGCUCCUCUUGAUGUGACUGGAGCCAUAAACGCACCCCUUGCCGCGCCAAAGGGGUGCACCAUUGAUCUGCAGGCCUCUCUGCCUACGUGUUUCACCGGCGGCAUUGCGCCGGCAGGAAACUACGCAAAGGGCUAAUUCUGGUGUGGGUGGUGGCGGAUGGGAGCCACCGUGCUCCCCUUUUGAGUGGAAAAGAUGGCGCCCUUGACAGGACAAGCCAUCUUUGCUGAUCCCUAGCGCUUUGUUUAUUCGCGGUGUGGGGGGACUGCUGGAUCUGUAGGAUAUAUGAUUGCGGUUAGUGGGAGGUUGGGCAGGCUCGGCAGUUUAUUAAGGCCAUAUGAGUCAGCCAUCAACCGGCAUUUUUCAGUUUGGGGGUUGAACUCUGCAACUGCAAGUGUGGGUGAACAGUGUGCUCCAGGUUGUGAGAGCUGAGAAAUCUCUAUGUGUUGGAGGGUGGACGGAUAUGAGUUGGAGGUUAUUUCUUGAUUUCGCUCUGGGUAUUAGAUUUUUCUGAAUCGAAGGCUGCAAUUCAGUUAUCCAGUGCUGUGCCAAGCUUGAAUCUUUGAUUGAACUGUGCUUGUAGAAGAUUUUUUGUAUUCUGUGGUCUGAUUCAGGGUAUAAUUUUGUUUGAGAUACAAUGGCUACAGAGGUAUUGCCUCAAGCACCCCCAGCAGUCCCAGACAUUCAAACUCUGAAGCUGCAUUCUCAGAUUGGUUCCUCUUUGGAGUCUGCUAGGCUGAAUCAACCCAGCGCAUCGGUGCCAAGAAGGCUGCCUGAAAUAGAUAGCGAGAGCAAACCAAGUUCUGAAGUGGAGUCCAAGGAGCAGAAACCAAACCACCUGCCAAAUGAGCCAGUUGAUCGUACUACUUUGAACAAGAUUUUUGGAGAAAUGCAAGAUAAAAUGGUUUCAGAGUGCCCUGUGGUUGAAGAGAAGAAAGUUGUGGACCAUGAUAAUACGGGUAGAAGCUUGAAACCAUCUUCAACAUUGGAUAAGGAGUGUAGUCUAGCAAAGGCAAAUGAAAGUGGCAGGCUUAUCAAAAGAUCUGAGACAGGAGAAAGAGAAAUCAGUAGCAGAUACAGACCAAGCAAUAGCAGUGAUAUCAGUGAUGAGAGCUUGUGUAGCAGCAUCAGUAGCAUCACCAAGCCUCAUAAGGCAAAUGAUUCGCGCUGGGAGGCAAUCCAGAUGAUCAGGACCAGAGAUGGUAUCCUUGGGCUGAGCCAUUUUAAGUUGUUGAGGAAGCUAGGCUGCGGUGACAUUGGCAGUGUGUAUCUUUCAGAAUUGAGUGGAACAAAGAGCUAUUUUGCAAUGAAGGUCAUGGACAAGGCAUCGCUUGCAAGUCGAAAAAAGUUGCUUCGAUCCCAGACUGAGAAGGAUAUCUUGCAGUGCCUGGACCACCCCUUUCUUCCUACAUUGUAUACCCACUUUGAGACUGAUAAAUUCUCAUGUCUGGUUAUGGAGUUUUGCCCUGGGGGAGACAUGCAUACACUUCGGCAAAGGCAGCGUGGCAAGUAUUUUCCAGAACAAGCUGUCAAAUUCUAUGUAGCUGAAAUUCUCCUUGCGUUGGAGUACUUGCACAUGCUCGGUAUCAUAUAUCGUGAUCUCAAGCCGGAAAAUAUCCUUAUCCGAGAGGAUGGACACAUCAUGCUUACCGACUUCGACCUCUCCCUUCGCUGUGCAGUGAGCCCAACGCUGAUCAGGUCGUCUAACCCUGAUGCAGAAUCACUUAGAAAGAACCAAGCACACAGUGCUCAACAAGCUUGUGUCAAACCAUCCUGCAUGAUGCAGCCAUCAUGUACAGCUCCCACGACAUGCUUUGGCCCACGUCUCUUCUCUAAGUCGAAGAAAGAUCGAAAACCAAAGCCUGAAGUUGUCAACCAGGUCAGCCCAUGGCCUGAGCUUAUAGCAGAACCUAGUGAUGCAAGAUCAAUGUCAUUUGUCGGUACACAUGAGUACUUGGCACCCGAAAUUAUCAAAGGUGAUGGUCAUGGUAGUGCUGUUGACUGGUGGACCUUUGGCAUAUUCUUAUAUGAGCUUCUGUUUGGAAAAACACCAUUCAAAGGCUCAGGCAACCGGGCCACACUGUUCAAUGUCAUUGGGCAGCCGCUACGUUUCCCUGAGUACCCAGUUGUGAGCUUCCCAGCCAGGGAUCUAAUAAGGGGCCUUCUUGCCAAGGAGCCCCAACAACGAUUGGGUUAUAAGCGUGGUGCAACAGAGAUAAAACAGCACCCGUUUUUUGAGGGUGUGAAUUGGGCAUUGAUACGCUGUGCGAGCCCUCCAGAGGUACCUCGGCCUUUUGAGAUUGGGAAGCCCCCGAAGCAGCCUGCGUCAACCUCGGAGUCUGCUGCUUCUGCUGGUGCUUCCCAGAAAGGUUCUGAUAACUAUUUAGAGUUUGGGUUCUUUUAAGGGAAUAGGAUGAUUUUGCUCUUGUUUGUAGCAAUUGGAUAAAGUAGGAUCUUUGCAUCUGUGUGUUUGCAGAUGAGUAGUAGGCAGAUUUUUGUCCCUGUGAAAUUGUUUCUGUUCUUUCAAAUUGAACAAUUAGUGUUCAGAUUUCUGUUCAACAACUCUUGUAGUGCAGCAGAAAUUCCAAUUUUAGUUCUAUGCAGCUUAUAUUUGUCAUUCAAA